AUAAAAAAAUGAAGAUUGUGUAAUAAACUCACACGCAACGUAACUGCGUGUCCCCCUCCGCCCCGCCUCGUCCGCCGGCGCCGGCGCUCUCGGUCCGAGGGGCGGUAGCGGCGACGGGGAUCAGCGCUGCUAUGGCGGCCGGCGGAGCGGAGGAACGGGGCGGUUUGGAAGCCGCCGUGCGGGGUCACCUGCGAGUCCUCCGGGAGCGCUGGACGCGGGGGAACCGCGAACGCGGCGCUACCGCCGCGUUCGCGGUUCCCCCGCGUCCAGCGCUCCCGGAGGAGGCGGGGGAGGUGAGCGCUUUGCAGGCGCUGCCGAUCGACGUACAGCUGAACAUCAUGUCCUUCCUCUCGCCCCAAGAUUUGUGCCAUUUGGGAAGCACGAGUUGUUACUGGAGGGCGGCUGUGCAAGAUCCGUUGUUGUGGAGGUAUUUUCUCCUGAGGGAUCUCCCGUUUUGGACAUCUGUUGAUUGGAAAUCACUCCCAGAUGUGGAGGUUUUUAGUAAAGCCUUUUCAGACGUCAGCGAUAAUACGCUGUACGAUUACAUGGCAGUAUAUAAAAAAAGCUGUCCUCAGAGUAGAAGAAGUUUGAAAUCAAGCCGUCCCCGGUAUGGGGCUGUGACUUCCUUUUUGCAAUCACUGGUCACUCAGGCAGAACCUCGCUUUGCUAUGUUUGGACCGGGCUUGGAAGAACUGGACGACUCUUUAGUGCAAAAGAUGAUGACAUGCCCAGAAAUUCUGCUAGUAGCUGGCUUACCUCAAAGACAAAUUCAUGGAAUUGGAUCAGGAGUCAGUUUUCAGUUUAAUAACAAUCAAAAAUUCAAUAUUCUGACAUUGUAUUCAACCACCAGUGUGGAAAGGAGGAGAGCGAGGGCAGAGCAAGCUGUUGCUGUGAAUAAGAUGUUCUACCAAGAGAACAGCAUAGUAGGGAAUCAGCAAGCCGUGCACUACAGUGUAAUAGCUCAAGUGAAAAAGGUGUGCGAAGUAGUCAAUGGAUUCAUUUAUGUUGCUAAUGCAGAAGCUCAUAAAAAGCAUGAUCGUCAAGAGGAACUGGCUCGCAUUUUGGCAAUGAUUGAUCCAGCCCUCGGGCCUCCGAACAGACCUCUGCUAGUUUUGUCUUGUGUCUCUCAUGUUGGUGUGAAAAGAAUUCCUUGUGUUUACAUGGCACAUCAGUUGCAACUAAAUCUGCUACGUCAGCCCUGGAUGGUGCAGGACGCUGUGGCUGCAACUUUGGCUGGAUUGCUAAAUGGAAUUGAGUGGCUCCUGGAAGAAGCAAAUUGUAAAAAUGCACAGUAGUGGAACUGUGCAUUGUUUUACUGUAUAGAGACUUUGGAGUGUUGCAGUUCAGAUGAAGUGAGAAUCUCGUCCUGACAGAGCACUGUCAAAAGAGAGAUUUAUAAGGCAAACCUGCAUGUAUUUCACUGCAAAUACUUUAAUAAUUAACAUUCUUCCAACUGUAGUCCUGAAUUAGAAGUACAAGUAGGAUUGCCUGGAUUCCAGCAGCUGAUGGAGAAGUGAUUUUGAGCGGCAAUCUGGGUGUUUUGGGUUUUUUCUUUCUUUCAAGCUAGGGCCGUUAAGGUGCAAUCUUUUCUCAGUAUAUCUGAUAAUCUAAUCUCUUCUGUAAAUACAGCAAACACUAGGUUAGUUUAUCAAUAGAACCCUAUAGCACACAUCACACAUUUAGUAAGUAUACUCAGUGGAGAUCUUGACAGUGACUGUUCCCAACCAAAAAAAUUAUACUGUACAUUGUACAGCAGUAGAUUGACAGAAAGACGGUAUCUGUUUCAAAAGAAUAAAUUCCCCUGUAUUUUUUCCAGAAACAGUGCCUGGGCAAGAAAUAGCACCUGCAGGAGAAUUGCCCCAGACCAAAAUUCUUAGAAGCAAACUAACAAACUACCAUGUAUUAAUUGGUUGUUUCUUGCUUGUGAUCUUAUUUAUUAACCAAUGACAAAAGACUUCAGCAUCUUCUGCUUUCUGUUGCAGUGAAUUUAUUAGCUUGAAUAGGACAUACCUCUGUUAUAAUGAAUAAAUGUUAAACAGAAUUGUUAGUAGUUCAGGACAUUUGUCAAAUACAUAGGACCUAUCAGUUACUCAAAUAGUUGUGGCCAUUCGCAGAUAUGAAGUGUACUUGACUUAAAAUUUUCUACACACAGUUGCAAAUAUUUUUAUAAAAAGGGAAACAACAUUUUACAGCUGGAAUUGCAUUUGAUGUCAUUUGAGAUAGUUCCAGUCUUCCACCUUUUAAUGUUUUUUUAAUUAUUGGAUGAAUGUUCAGAAGCUUCCCUUGGAUUUCUUGCCUGUGUAUGUGUUUUGUUCUGCAUUUUUUUUUUCCUCUCUCCCUCUCCAUGGAAAUAAAAUAGUCUCACAAUUUUUUCUUGUUACGUAGCUAAAUGACUGCAUGGUGCACAUUCAGAUAUAACUGCCCUCAAUCCGGUAUCUGUGUGGUACUCAACACAGCUAUGUCAGAAACAUAUUUGAGAAGUUUUUUAUUUUUUAAUGAACAGAGAUAGACACAGGAAGUGUCUUUUCAUCUUCAUGCACAAUUAACUCAGCUUUCUGAACAUUUUUGUAUGUCUUCCAAUCAGGACAUAGGCAGUUUCAAGGGAAAAGCCAUGGGAUGCUAUAUGAUGAUAAUUCUGUGGUUUAUGCCUUUUUUUUUUUAACGCUAGGGUAUGUGUGCUUUUCCCUUUAAAAUGGAGAAGACACAACAGAUUUAUCAGUAUUUGGGGGAAAAUUCCCCGCUUUGUGACUGGGUGUAUGUGACUUUCCUGCUAGUCAUAGUAAUUCCGUAAUCUAUCUGUAGAGGGUUGAAUGCAGCAACCUGUUGCUAUGUUAGCUACUACAAAUAUGGGCUUUUAUGCAAGAUCCUUGUUCUGCUUUCUUCAUAAGGAAUAAAUUAUUUUUUAAAGAACAA